AUGGAAGUCAACGAUAAUGAAAGUUCGAGUGGUGAAGAAUUCGCGACGGAAGGUUCACCUAUCAAUCAAAAUAAAAAUGAUGAUGAUAAUGAUGCUGUCGAUAUGGAUGUCAGUGAACUGAACGAAAAAAAGAAACAAAAUUCUCAUAUGAAUAGUGGUAUUAUAGCUAAAUCCGACGACAAUGAUGAUAAAUCACCACAAAUGGAUGAAAGCCCAACUGAUCCCAAAUCGAAGAACGACGAGAUAGAUCAUGUUUUCUAUGAACUCGAAUAUAAGAACGGCAAAGCAAUGGAAGAAUUCUCAGCUGUAUUCAAAUUACUGAACAUAGAUCCGAUUCAUGACAGAUCAGUAGUAGCACCCAUUCGGACCAAAGUUGAGGAAGUUUAUCGAAAACUAAAUCGAUUAUGCGAUAUACUGGAUGAGAAAUCUCAACUUUCGAAUGAUGCCAAUCCUAAUGAACUAACAAUACAAGAAUCGAACGAACUUUUGAGUGGUUUAAAAAAGUUAUAUGCUGAUAGUUUCAAUCAAAACCAAAUCAGGCUCGACGAUCGCUUGUUCUUCGAAAAAAACAGUGGAAUACUCGCUUAUCCACAGUGUCUACGAGGAACUAAUCGUGCUUUGUCUGACUCAACGAUUGAUGAAGUGGUCAAGUUUUAUCGUGAAGAUGGUAUCAGUCGAAUCUUAUCCAAUUCCGAAGACACGAUCAAAAUCGAUGGACAAUCAGUAGCAGUUCGAUUUUUAGAAAUGACUGUGUUGAACGCGUAUCGAAUAUUCAAUGAACAACAUCCUGGACCUGUUGCGCGAUCAACUUUCAAUGCCCUUCGACCACGAGAAGUAAAAACUGCGACACCACAUGAUACGUGUAUCUGUAUAACUCAUGAGAAUAUUGACUUGUUGUUGAAAGUUUGUGCCAUUUGUAUGUUGAUUCAAACUUUAAAUAGUUUCAUUAUAGGCUUAAAACAACCACUAUCGAAAAUGUGCUGGCACAGCUGCUUUAUCAGCAACCAACAAGAUUAA